UAAAAAUCGGUGUCAGAAGUCGAAUGUUGUAAAAAUUGAAUUACAAUAAUUAUAGCGCGUUAUCGAAGCAUGUUAUUAUUGCCUGACGAUAUUCAGUUUGCUUGGUUUUUUGCAAUGUGCACUUUGAAUAGGCACUUGUACGACAACAUUAUGCGACCGCCAUCUUACAAUUAGUUUCUCGUCAUUUCCAUCCGCGGUCGGACGGAGUACGAUCGGCUCCGUAUUAUUCGCGUUUUUUAACCGUUAGAAGUGAACACCGUAUCUAAAUAAGUGUUGGGAAUGUCGGGAAUGUCGGAAAAAGAUCGCGCAGAUGUUAUAGCGAAGAAUGUGACAGUGUGUGUCGAUAGUUUAACGAUAGUUAAUCGCGAUCUGUUAGUGCUCGUGUUUGAACGCGAACUUGCGCGGCUACCAUCUUUGUUUUGCGCAAUGUCAGUCCAAAUAAAGCAAAAUUCGGUUCUCGUUGUCCGCUUUUUUCCCGUCAAAGAUGGGUGUCGCGCACGAGUGAAUACCGGGAGUGCCGAAUAAAGUGACGCGCGUUUGUGAUAUUAUGUGAACAAGUGCUCGAAGAACGGAUCGGACCGGGCGAGUAUUGCAUCAAGGGAGGCAGCUACCCAAUGAGUUGGGAUACGACAGCCGGUUUAAACGAAAUGGAGUCAGGACAAUGGAACAUCAUUCUUGAUUCGAGAAAAAUGAUCAAGAGAAGAUCCAAGAGAAGGAGGUUGCGAAACGUCGAAUGCCGGUACAGCACAAACCGGUAGGCAAGGCCGGAUUUAGAUCGUAGGGGGCCCCUAAGCACUGGCUGUAAAGAGGGCUUUCUUAAUUUUUUCUGUCAAUUUAAUACUCGUAUGAAAUUAGUUGUAUGGAACCUUUGAGGCCCUUGCUGGUGCGGGGCAAUUGCUUAUAUUGCUUAUGCCAAAAUCCGGCCCUGAUCGUAGGGAGAUCUUAACAGGGAUAAAACAACUCUGUUGGAAUUUCCAGUGACUCCUAGUACUGAAUGUUCUCGUGUAUCAUCUCGGAGUUAUGUUUUUACACUUGAUACAGAUAGUUUACUACUUACAUUUGAUAAUGAAACAGAUUUUCGCAACUUUCACUCGCACAUACUGAAACUCAAAAUGGGAAAAGGCGUGUCAGCAUUUAAUGAAAGAACAGAAGAAUCCUCAGCGAUGCAAUAUUUCCAAUUUUAUGGAUAUCUCUCGCAACAACAAAACAUGAUGCAAGAUUACAUUAGAACUAGUACAUACCAACGGGCAAUUCUUGGAAAUUUAUCUGAUUUCAAAGAUAAAGUUGUUUUGGAUGUAGGUGCUGGUUCUGGUAUAUUAUCAUUCUUCGCUAUCCAAGCUGGUGCAAAGAAAGUAUAUGCAGUGGAAGCAAGCAAUAUGGCAAACCAUGCCGAGCUAUUAGUUGCAGCUAAUAAUUUAUCGGAUAAAAUAAUAGUCAUAGCUGGAAAAAUAGAGGAGAUUGAUUUACCAGAACGUGUGGACUGUAUAGUAAGCGAGCCUAUGGGAUACAUGUUAUAUAAUGAAAGAAUGCUCGAAACUUAUUUGCAUGCGAAAAAGUGGUUAGUUCCAGGUGGAAGAAUGUUUCCUUCUAGAGGUGAUCUGCAUAUCGCACCAUUUUCCGAUGAAAAUCUUUACAUGGAACAGUUUAAUAAGGCAAAUUUUUGGUAUCAAACAUGUUUCCAUGGAGUAGAUCUUUCUGCUAUGAGAAAUAACGCCAUUAAAGAAUACUUUAGGCAGCCGAUUGUCGAUACUUUUGAUAUUAGAAUAUGUAUGGCAAAAUCGGUGAGGCACAUAGUAGACUUCCAAACAGCUGAUGAGACUGAUUUACAUAAAAUAGAAAUAGAUGUCGAUUUUCAUAUACUGGAGAGUGGUACAUGCCAUGGUCUAGCUUUUUGGUUCGAUGUAGCAUUUAUCGGAUCGACGCAACAAGUAUGGUUAAGCACAGCUCCUACAGAACCUCUCACACACUGGUAUCAAGUGCGUUGCCUCCUGGAGAAUCCGUUAUUCUGUAAAAGUGGACAGCUGCUCUCUGGGAAAGUCAUUCUUAUAGCAAAUAAAAGACAAUCCUACGAUGUAACAAUAGAAUUGAAGCUCGAAGGAACUAAUAUGGACAGCAGUAGCAAUACCUUAGACUUGAAGAAUCCUUACUUCCGAUACACGGGUGCUGCGGCGCAACCACCUCCUGGUUUGAACAACACCUCGCCUAGUGAAUCCUAUUGGACAACUCUCGAUGCACAAGGCGCCCGACAAGCUGUGAACAUGGUGAAUGGAAUGUCGGUUAAUGGCCUCGGCGAAGUUUCGAUGGACACAAGUGCGGCUGUAAAUCCAAAUAAUUUGCUGGCAAUAGGAGGACAACCAAAUAUUCAUCCUGGUUCUAUCUCGAGUACGGGACGAGGCCGAGUGGGAGGUACAGCUACGAGCACUCAAGCGGCACAGUUGAUAGGCGGUGGAAUAACUCCGAAUAUGUUUACAUCACCUGCUACUCUUGGUGUUACUUUCCAGCAAUCGCUGGUCCUCGGCAACACUUCUCAUUAUCCAGUGAAUCCCAGCCUGAUGAUCGGUGACUACGUGACUCCGGGGAACGGCAUAUCGCCGCAGACGUAUCGGCAAUGAUCUAUGGCGAAAUCGUUUCUCGCCGAGUAUUCCCGCAAAGUAAAACAGUUACAGAACGAUCGUAAUAAUUGUAGCAGUAUUGGAGACACCGGCAGCAACAGUAAGCAAAGUCGCAAGCUGGUAUUUAGUUCCCCAGCCAGUAAGCCUCGACUUUCGUCCGCCGUGCGAAUUUUGAGCACCGUCGACCUGGCUAGCUUUAAUCCGGAUUUCCGCCACAGCAACGUUGCUUACUCGAACAAAAGUACAGUCGGUCCUGAGUUUGCGUUCGAUUGGACGUCUCCCGCACGGGAUAAGUAUCAAUGGGAGGCGCGUUGGAAAAGACUGCGAGCCGUCCUCUCGUAGUUGUCAUUAGUUUUGGCUGAUUUUCAUUUCGACGUUCCUCAGAAAAGGAAAAAAAGAAAAAAAAGAAAAGAUCUUCCAGAUCGACGUUGCAUGCUUGCCAAAUAUACCCACGUGAAAAUAUAAUAUUUUUUAAUGACAAUACAGUCGUCGCGCCGUAGUAUAGGCAUCACUAUUUUACAAAGUCUUGACACAAAUAUGCGAAACGAUAAUUUAUGAGAAAGAAAGUGAGAGAGAGAGAGAGAGAGAGAGAGAGAAAGAGAGAGAGAGAAAGAAUUGGGAAUGCGAGAUCCCUUUUGUUUUAAUUUCACUGAAAUAAUUUCGAAUAGGACGUGUUUUUUGAAAACAGGCGUAUUUUACUGAGCUGCGAUGUUGGCUCGGUUGAAUUUCGAUAUCAAGCGACUUUUACACGAGUUUUUAGACUAGGGAAACAGCGUUUCGGAAACAUUUUGAGAAGUGCAAAGAGCAAUAAUACAUUAGGCAUACGUUGUAGAGCACUUUGUGGCAUUACCUGUUAUUCGGAUGUCUCUUGCGCUUGUUUUAAUCGACGCGUCUUAAUUUUUUUAGCAUGACAAUAUAUGAGAGAAAGUACAACUUUUUAUGAGUAUUAGUACUACAUUUUCAGUCCAAUCUAUUGAGAUGGUUUUAAUGGUUUGAUGAGUAUGUGAUAAUAUAUUCAUCGGUCGAUUACGUUUUUUUUUGUAGACAAAUUGUAUAUAUCUGAAUGUAUGACGCAAAAACAUAUAGGUCACGGGAUACUUCAUCCAGAAAAAAAGAAACGAUGAUUAUCAGAUCCGAAAUUAUCAAGCUAACGAGUUAUGUUGCCAUACCGUGUAAAUGUAAUUGCAAAUUUGUUACAAAUGUACUACGCUUUGUAGAAGGAUUGCUCGAAAACGGAAUCUUAUAGUUUUAUAUAAGAUGAGCUGUAAUUCAUAAGGUAAAUCUUUGCAUUACACUUAAAUUUUUUUUACAUAUAUUUUGCAGUGACAAGAAAUGUCUGUUUUAAAAGAUUAUCACGCUGUUUUCGCUGCGCGAAUAAUACGAUGUUAAAUUUCAAUUUAUGGAUAAUAAUUUUUAAUUAUCCAUAAAUUAAAAUACAAAUAUAUAUCUGUAUAAUUUGUGUAAUUAGGAUAUAUAAUUUGUGUGAUUAGAAGUUGAUAUUAUAUAAUUGCAUAUAAUCCUUUUUUUUAGUAUUUUGGUAUUUUAUCAUAUUGAUAAAAUAAUUCAUACUAAAAUCUUUCAAGAUAGACAUUUUUUGCAUCGAUGAUCUGUACACGUAAUAAAUGAUGCUUGGAAACUUGUAUAUGUUCCCUGUACUCAUAAUGUGAUGAAAGAAAUAUAUGCCCAUGAUGUUUUUUAUCAUCUUUAACCCUUUUCACACUCAAAUGUGCCGUGAUACAACGAUGUAAAAUUUAAUCAUACUACACACAGUCAUUAAGAAAUGCAUAUUAAUCAUCAAAAAAUAUAUUUAUUAAAAUAUAGAGUAAAUUAUUUCUCAUGUAUGAAAAUUAUUAGUAGAGACGAUAAUAAAAGAAAUAGUAAAUUAAUAAUUGCGUUAAUAUCACGUUACACUUAUGUUGAACAAAAUUUUUGUUAUUUUUCACCAUCUUUGAAUCACUAAAUUGUCAAUGAUAACAGAUUUGAGUGUCAAGGGUUGAAGUACACUUAGUCAUUUGACACACAGUCGUUGGUGAACAAGCCAAAUAUGUGUUUGAUAUUAUAUCCUACAUAACGAAAUGUUUCAUCGCAUUAAGAAUUUUUUAUUCCAGUAAAUAAAUGUGUAAGAGGUGCACAAUCAAUCGCCAAUGUGUAUGGAAAGCGCUGUAUAUACAUAUAUUUCUUCGAAUAACUUUUAUAUAUUGUUUAUAGAUAUACAGGAUGAUAUCCGCCAGAAAUAGAACACCCGAGAGUACCCUGUACGAUACCUUAGAUCUCUUUUAAGUCUCGAUUAGUUCUUAAGCAAGUUACAUUUUAUUUGUUAUCCGCACACACGCUUGCCAUCUAAUACACCUCCUAGUUACCUCGUCGCCGGUGAAUAUGUAACGAUAUUAUUUUUUUGCAGCAGCUUAUUUGCGUGUUACUAUCACAGCAUAAUUCGCCACGUGGAGAAGCUCCUCGAUGCAGAGGCAUGUCCGUGUGACGCGCGCUAGUGUACUUCGAGAGAAUCGUAGCUAGAUAAAUCCGUACUUAUUCUUAUCUGCAGGAUCUUUCCUCGUACCUCGCGCGCAUACUGCGCGAAAGGUGUAAAUAAAGCGCGUGGCUAUUUCUCGAUGAAGUAUUUCUGAUAAAGAUGGAAGGAGUGUCAUAUGCUUUUUCAUACGCGCGCCACGGCACACACAUACAAACCAAUCUCGUGACAGGCAUUCCACAAGUGCUAAUAAUACUGCAUGGUUUGUUGUAAUAAUUAAUAAUAAGGACUUGCUUCUUCCAUCGUUUCCUUUGGGAUAGUAACAUCGAAAGCAACAUCUAGAAUGUAACUCUAGUGCUUUUUUUUCGAAAAUCGAGGAGAAACGAAGUUCUGACAAUUUCGAAUCAAGUAGGAAAAAUAAAAGCUAAUAAUAAAACUUUAGUUAUUAAUGCAUCAACAACCAUGUUCGAUUCUUAUUAGCCCUUACUUUCCCUACUUGAUUCUUCUGUUUUCCUUCCUCUCUUUCGUACAUUGAUAACACGUCGGGAAUACUGCAAAUAUUCAAGGGACAAUUUAACAAUCCGUGGUUUAAUUACAUUCCUAGAUAUUGUUUUCGGUGCAAACUUACAUUGAUGUGAAUGUGUGCAUUUUUUUUUUGUACCGUUAGAGAAUAUCAAAUAUAUAAGACUGCUACGCCGCUCGGAAAAACAUAUACGCGAUACUACAUAUCUCAUCCCAGUUACGUCUGUCGUGUAUCUUUAUCCCUUCUCGUUUUCGCCUCGUUUCACACGUUUUCACACUUCAUGACAAUUAAUGUACAUAAUAUAUUCCGUUGAAUCCGCAUCAGUUUGUUUUAAUCGGAUGUUCCAACGUUUUAUCGAUCUCUGAACUGGGGUACACUUCGUUAGUUAGCUUUCAGUCGUGUGUGUUUUCGGGCGGUACGUUCGAGUAUUAAGUAGUCCAGCAGUGUUAUAUAGAAAUCCGUGCGUUUUCAACGACUGAAAAAAGAAACUACAUAAGAUAUCUCAGGUAGUUACGCGAGUUCGAAGGAUGCCUUUACUGCGCUAAGUGUCUGAAAUUUUUGUUUACAAAGUUGGUUUGCAGAUACAGGUUUUCGUUUACGAUUCAUGUACCGAUGAAGCGUAAAGCAUGAUUUACGAAAACAUUGUGUAAUCGCAUAAAAUCAGAAUCAUACAAAUAUAAUCCACAGUGUAAUUGUGUAGUAAAAUCGACCAGUCAUGUUUAAGAUAAGUUUUUUUUUCGAACUGAUCGUUUUCUUCGCCAUACCUGUGAAAACUUUUACGUCCACUUGACAGUUUUUCAACGUUGAUAAUGUUUUAACGAGUUUUUUUUUACAAUUUUAAACAUUUAGCAUUCUGAAUAUUUUUUUAAAUGACUAAUCAAAAUAAGAAUUGCCUAAUUUUAUUUUACAGCUUAAAAAUUGAAAAUAUUUAAUUUAUAUGUAUUUAUGAGAACAGAGUUUUGCGAUGCAAAUGGAAGGAAAACAAUCGACACAUCAGAAACUGUAGUACUUAGACAAGAUUACAGUACAGCAGAAACAUCGUUCUAUCUAGACAUUACAUUAUUAGUAUAUGAUGUUUAUUGUAAAUAUAAUAAUAUUUUAAUUGUAGCAAUUUUUUUUACCGCUUGUAAAAAAUUCUUCGCCUUAUGCUAUGUAUACGACUCUCAGAUAGCAUUUGGCUUGACGUAAACGAGUUCAGCGGACGCUCACGCUUAUACUUAUAUUAAUAGCAAUCUUAAUAAGUUUUAAUAAAUUUCGCUUUCACGAUGCAUCACAAUAAUUUAUUGUCAAUUAUUAGAAAAUUGGUUUUGCGAGGAAUAUUGAUAUAGUUCGGUCCAAAUGUGAUUGUAUUAUGAUUUAUGGAUUAUGAUACAUGUAAUUACGAAGUAAUAAGUAUAAGUUUGUGAUAAAUUAUUUGAUUUUGAAUACUUGCCGCCGAAUGGCAAUCUUAGGAAUUGAAUUUUUUUUUCUCUUUUUCCAGAGAGCCUCAUUUUUAAUAAAAAUAUUUCAACGAAUUCUCUAGCAUGUAUAUGUAUUUCAUGUGAUCAUUAAACCCUUUUGCAAUUAA